CGCGGCCCCGCGAAGUGCUCAGCACGGCAGAUGCUCAACUCGUUCAUGGACCCCGGGGCGCUGGGGCUCAAGCUGAGCCCCGGCAGCCACCACCACCACCUGCAGCCGCCGCCGGAGGCGGGCGACGUGUACGGGGGCGGCGGGGGGCAGCAGUUCGUGGGGCCUUCGCCGGCCCUGGCCGCUGUGGCCAACGGCUACCACCCUUACCACCUCCUGCGAAGGGAGCACCAGAUGCACCAGCCGCCCCCGCCGCCUCCGCACCACCCCCACCCGCAAAUGAUGCAGGAGUACCGCAACGAGCAUCAGUACGGGGUGCACCAGUACCAACAGUAUCCGCACCACCAGAUGGCGGCGCCGCCCCCGUCCUCGGGGGCCUUCUUCAGGUACAUGCGGCAGCCGCCCCCGGGGAGCCUGGGGGCGGCCAAGCAGCAGUUGUCCUGCAUGUGGGUCGAGCCGGACGCGCUGCCCCGCAAGCUGUGCGGGAAGAUGUUCGGCGCCAUGCACGAGAUCGUGUCGCACAUCACGGUGGAGCACGUCGGCGGCCCCGAGUGCACCACCCACGCCUGCUUCUGGCAGGGCUGCCCCCGCAACGGACGACCCUUCAAGGCCAAGUACAAACUCGUCAACCACAUCCGCGUGCACACCGGCGAGAAACCCUUCCCCUGCCCCUUCCCCGGCUGCGGAAAAGUGUUCGCUCGCAGUGAGAACCUCAAGAUCCACAAACGCACCCACACCGGCGAGAAGCCGUUCCGGUGCGAGUUCGAGGGUUGCGACCGGCGCUUUGCCAACAGUUCGGACAGAAAGAAGCACUCGCACGUCCACACCUCGGACAAACCGUACAACUGCAAGGUGCGCGGCUGCGACAAGUCCUACACACACCCUAGCUCCCUCAGGAAACACAUGAAGGUGCACGGGAAGAGUCCGCCUCCGGGUCUGGGCGCAGGCAGCGGCUACGACUCGGACGACUCGACCUCGAGUUCCGGCGGCCACAGCGCGGCCACGCCCCUCUCGCCAGGCCACAACGGCCCGUCGACGCCGGCCAGCGGCGCCUCCGUACCCUCCUCUGUCUCCGUCAACACCUCCCUCUCGGCCUCACACACCACCAACCCUCACCACACAAACCUCUCUGAAUGGUAUGUGUGCCAGAGUACGGGCGGAAUGCCGACGCCGCCGUCGACGGAGCACUCGCCGGUGGGGAUGCACCACAUGCACCAUCCGCACCACCACCACCACCACCAUCAUCACCCGCACCAGUUCCACCACCUGCACCACCACCACCACCAGGCGGCUGCUGCGGCGGCGGCCGCCGCGGCCGCCUACUGACCGGCGGCCGGCCCGACCCCUCCGCCCCCGCUGCACACGUACCGCGGGGGCCGCGACGCCGAGUGGCUCUGAUGCGCUCGGCGGCCCCUGGGCCGGGCCCCCCUCCCCUCCCCCCGCCCCCAGUGCGAGACAAAGACUCGAAAAGCAGUGCUUCGGCGGCGGCAGUCUUUCAUAUUGAGAGUGAACUUUGAACUGCGCGGCGUUUCCAGUCAACAACCAAAAACUGAGAGAGGACGACACCCUCGCUAUUCCACACGCAUCUCAAGAACUGAACUCAAACUUAUUGUUACGGUACGGCGCGCGCAAGUAAGCGACCUUUGUGAACAAAACUAUAUAUUUCACCUCGACGUGUUUUUCAGAGGAAUUUGAAUAAAUCAGUUGGCUAGAUUUAUUGCACAAAUG